AGUGAAAGUUAAAAAGAAAAGAAUAAAGAGAAGAAUGAAAAAGAAAGAAAAGAAUGAAUAGUAGAACAACAGAGUCUUAAGCUUCAGUUUGCGUAUAAAUAUUCCAUCUUCCCUCUGGAAUUUCAUAUUUUCAUAGAGACCCCACACAUAAAAUUUCUAAGAAAACGCUGACUAUUAUUUUCUGUCCGCCAUCAUGAGUCCAUACCUUUUCAGUUUGCUGUUUGCAUUGAUUUGUUUAAGAGUGAACUCAUCUGUGGAAUCUGUGGAAGAGUACAAGAUCGUUACUCUACCCUAUCAACCAGCGGUUGAUUUCCACCAAUAUUCCGGUUAUGUAACCGUUGAUGAACACAAUGGAAGAAAUCUUUUCUUCUACUUCGUGGAGGCUCAAGUUGAGCCUGCUUCCAAGCCUCUGCUUCUCUGGAUUAACGGAGGGCCUAUAUGUUCUACAUAUGGAGGGGGAGCUUUCUCAGGGAACGGGCCUUUCUGGCCCACAAGUAAUGGCCGACUAGUCAAAAAUACAUACAGUUGGAAUAGAGAAGCCAACAUGUUAUAUUUGGACUCUCCCGCUGGAUUUGGAUUUUCCUACUCGGAAAAUGCUUCUGAUUAUUUUACCAAUGAUAAAUUAACUGCAAGGGAUAACCUAGUUUUUCUCACACAUUGGUUCAAUAAAUUCCCUCAAUAUAGAACCAAUGAUUUCUUCAUCACUGGGGAGAACUAUGCAGGGCACUAUGCACCGCAACUUGCAGAGCUUAUCCUCCAAUCAAAAGUUAACAUCAAUCUGAAAGGGAUAGCCAUCGGAAAUCCCCUUCUCAAAUUUGAAACCGAUUUUAACUCGGCUACUGAAUUUUUGAUGUCUCAUGGACCAAUAUCGAAAAAAACAUAUCAUAUGUUGAAUAAUGUAUGCAACAUGGCAACUUUAAAGAGACAAAUUCAAUCCGGGAAUUUUAGUACCAAUUGUUCCAAAGUGAAUUUGCAAUUGUCAAAGGAUCUGGCAUAUACGGACCCUUUCGACGUGUCUGCUGAAUUUUGUCCACAGCCACCCGAACAACAAGCAUACAUGUUGACUAAACAGCAAGCUGGAGAAAACCUAGAUGUAUGUGUGGGUGACGAGACAACCACAUACAUGAAUAGAAAGGAUGUCCAAAACGCUAUGCAUGCCAAGCUUGUCGGUGUGAAAAGUUGGUCAUCAUGCAGCGGUAUUGUUGUGUAUGACAUUCAAAGCCUCGAGAAUUCAACCAUAUCUAUACUAGGGACACUUGUUAAGUCAGGUGUAAGGGUACUAGUAUACAGUGGUGCUCAGGAUUCUGUGAUUCCAUUUUUGGGGACACAGUCCUUAAUAGAUCAGUUGGCCGAGGAUUUUGGAUUUAACACAACAAAGCCCGAUAAAGUCUGGUUUGUGGGACGACAGGUUGCCGGAUCCACUAUGGAGUAUGAUGACAUCCUUACAUAUGCAACUGUCAUAGGAGCGGGUCAUUCGGUUCCUUUCUCUCAACCAGAGAGAGCUUUGAAGUUGAUUCAGACUUUUCUUAAAGGAAAAUCACUUCAAAAUGAACUGUGAAAUAAACCAAGCAUUCCAAACAUGUGGCCAAUGUAAUCGAGUUCAAGUUGCGGUUGGAGUUUCGCGAACAUAUCGUCCCAGAGGAUUCAAUUUGGCUAGAGUUUUGUGUAUUUAGAAUGUUAUUGAAGUUGUAGCAGGCUAGAGUUUUGAUCAGUUUGUAGGAAUUGGUAUGUAGGAGGUACUUAUGUUGUUGUGAUCAGGCGUGAGUUUUAUGGGUUUAAUUGCUGAUUUGUAAUACAGCAAAUGAAUUUUGCUUUAAUAUCAAACCACUUAGUUUUUAA